AUUGAUCCAUCUUACAGAGCAUAUUUCUCUCUCAUUCUUCAUCUUCAAUACACCCCGUCCUGAUCAUGCACUCAUCAGCUUCAUUGGAAAAUAUCCACACUCUCUCCCCCGCCGCCAAAACCGCCUUGAUGCAAUCGCUCGCCCACGAGAUGACCAGUACCUUCAUCGCCAUCUCCAAGGAAAUCCAACGCGGCACUCUCACUCCCCACAACACAGUCCCUCUGCACCAGGUCAUCCGCACCAUAACCCACACCACGGCAGCCGCGCACCGCAAACUCGAGCGGAAACUGACGGCAUACGAACGGCGGGCAAAACGGUGGCGGGCCGAGCGCCGGUGGAUACGGCAAGAAUUUGCGCAAGUGGUGUGGCGGUCGAAAAUGGUGCACUUGCGGUGGAAGACGCGGGUCGAAAGGCACUUGAAGUGGAAACAGUGUUUAAACUGGGGGAGGGAGGAGUUUUGGUGACGAAUCAAGAUGAGAGAGCAUCACAAGUAGAA